AUGGCGAUAUUCUCCGAAUCGAAUCACCAUCAUAACACUUCCGAUGGGGUGUCCCAGCGAGUCAACAGCCCGCGUUUCUCGGGUCCAAUGACUCGCCGCGCCCACUCCUUUAAACGCAACACCGACGGCACCAACUCCAACGGCGGCGUCGGUGGCGGAAGCGGCGGCGCCGGCGAGGUUGAGCUCAAUAUAAACUCGCCCAGAUCGGAAGAGGCGUCGGAGAGUGUUCCGGUGGGGAGGCACAGCCACCAUCACGUGAACCAGAGAGUGCAUGUGAGGGGGCUGUUGAAGAAGCCCCUUGCUUCCAUCGUUGAGGAUUUGGGGUUUAGGGAAAGGAAGAAAAUUGGGCACUGGAUGUUCUUGGUUUUCUGUGGGUUGUGCAUCUUCAUGGGUGUUCUCAAGAUAUGUGCCACUGGCUGGCUUGGAUCUGCCAUUGAAAGAGCUCAAUCCGAUAAGGAACUACCUGACUCCAUUGCUAGUCUAAAUCUAAUGGACAAAAGCUCCCUUGGUUAUGCAUAUAGGGGGGGAGCAAGUGAUGUUGAACGAACGUUAAAAACAUUAGCAACGGGAGUAGGUGGAGGCCAUACUGCCAUGGCUGACGAUUCAGAGAUCUGGUCUAAGCCCAACAGUGACAAUUUCACCCAAUGCAUAGAUCUUCCAAGUAAUCAUAAAAAGCUAGAUGCAAAGAUCAAUGGCUACAUUGUGGUGAAUGCAAAUGGUGGUCUGAAUCAGAUGAGAUUUGGGAUAUGUGAUAUGGUUGCUGUUGCUAAGAUUAUGAAGGCAACGCUUGUUCUUCCCUCACUCGAUCACACCUCCUACUGGGCUGAUGACAGUGGCUUCAAAGAUUUGUUUGAUUGGAAGCAUUUUAUUCAUAUGCUGAAGGAUGAUGUCCACAUAGUUGAGAAAUUACCUCCUGCCUAUGCUGGAAUUGAGCCUUUUCCAAAAACUCCAAUAUCUUGGUCCAAGGUUCCUUAUUAUAAGACUGAGGUUCUUCCCCUCCUAAAGCAGCACAAAAUGAUAUAUUUCACUCACACAGAUUCCAGGCUUGCUAAUAAUGACAUUCCACAUUCCAUACAGAAAUUAAGAUGCCGUGUAAAUUACAGAGCAUUGAAAUAUUCAGCUCCAAUUGAAGAAUUUGGAAACACACUUGUAUCUAGAAUGCAACAAAAUGGAAGUUCAUAUCUUGCCCUUCAUUUGAGAUAUGAGAAGGAUAUGCUUGCAUUUACGGGCUGCAGUCACAAUUUGACUGCAGAAGAAGACGAAGAACUGAGACAGAUGCGAUAUGAAGUCAGUCACUGGAAGGAGAAGGAGAUUAAUGGGACUGAGAGGAGAUUGCUUGGAGGCUGUCCAUUAACACCACGGGAAACUUCCUUAUUACUUAAAGCAUUGGGUUUUCCCUCACACACCAGGAUUUAUCUGGUAGCUGGAGAAGCAUAUGGAAGAGGGAGUAUGAAAUAUCUCAAGGACGAUUUCCCCAACAUCUUCUCUCAUUUCUCUCUGUCCUCUGAAGAAGAGUUGAAUCCUUUCAAGAAUCAUCAAAACAUGUUGGCUGGUAUAGACUAUGUUGUGGCCCUAAAGAGCGAUGUUUUUCUUUACACUUAUGAUGGAAAUAUGGCAAAGGCCGUACAAGGUCAUAGGCGCUUUGAAAACUUCAAGAAGACAAUCAAUCCAGACAAGAUGAAUUUUGUUAACCUUGUUGAUCAGUUGGAUGAAGGAAAAAUUUCAUGGAAAGUGUUCAGCUCCAAGGUAAAAGAGCUGCAUGGAGACCGAAUUGGUGCCCCAUAUCCAAGGGAACGUGGAGAAUUUCCAAAACUGGAGGAAAGUUUUUAUUCAAAUCCUCUGCCAGGAUGUAUUUGUGAAACAAGAUAG